CCUCAUUCACUUCCCUUGAUAUCAGCCAGACCGUCCGUCAGUUUGAAAAUCAAACACGCGAGUGACAGACGUGUAAUGUGUUAUUAAAAAAAUCGUUUUUUUUUUAAUAGUUAGUGAAGUGUCAAAUGUAAAUAAAAUGUCAGCAUUGUUAAAAAAUGUUACCAAUUGCAUAUGGCAUGCGUUCGACUCAUUGCAAGUUAACCAAGCGGUCCAUAAAUCGAAAUUAAAGGUGUUAACAGCAAAUAUCGGCACAUUACUAGACCUGUACGGCGUGGAAAAGGGCCUGGAUCACUACCGGUCGUCCCAGGAGUUGACCUUCGACGAGUUCCGCUAUUACCUACAGCACGAAGUGUUUAGCUCCCUCCCUAAGACCUUGAACCUGCCUGUCGCUAGAGAAUUUGAAAAGAAGAUUAGUGAAGUAUGUUGGUUUGUUUGCAAGAAAAAUUUGCUGACGCGAGACAAACCAAUCUUCAGCGAUGACUCUGUAUUCAAGUUGUUCAGGAUUUUUUGUCUGCUGGCUGAUCUGGUGCAGGAUGCCGACGACUCCAGUCAUUAUAUCGUCGUACUACAACCCUCAGAAGCAGGUAUAAUCGCUGAGCAACUUGUCCACUGCCUUGGUCUACGAUGGGACGCAGCCGACUGGGAAGCCCUUGGAUCUUCUAUAGGGCACUUUAAAUGGGCUGCAUUUUUAGCCGUACUAGAAGCGAAGUACUGCUGUGACCAGCAACUACACUCAGAAGCCUUAUUAGAAGCGGUAGCUGAAAUAUAUGAUGUAUUCAUUGAAGAUAUUAUAAAAAAGGGCUAUCUUUUCAAACGCGGCUACCUCCUACCUACCAUGCGAGAAUACUGGUGCGUCCUUCAGCCCUGCGCCCUCACAUACUACAAAAGUUCCUCUCAAAAAGAACAGUGUGGAAGGAUCGCCAUAGACGAAUAUUGUUCCGUAGAGGCAUCGGUUGGGGAUGGAAAAAUACAACGGUUUCAGCUCGUCACUCCCGAGAGAACCUUCGAGUUUGGGACUCAGGACCACAAGAGUCGCCUACAAUGGCUCUCGGCAUUACGCCAAGCAGCAGCAGUCUCUAGUGGUGCCGACGGCUACCAACGCCGCGCACGCGCGGGCAGGCGGGGGGCGGGCGCGAGGCGUGAGCAGGAGGUGAAGGAAGCGCGCGCGCGGCUGCAGCUGGAAGUGCGGGCGAGACUGGCGGCCGAGGCGCAGGCUCAGGAGUUAGCAGAAUUAGCACAACAAGAUAACAAAAAAUUAGAAGAAUUAAAGAAUGCCCAAGCGGAACUAGAAAGACUUCUACAGGAGGAAACACAAGCGAAAAGAGAUGAAGAAAUUGUUAGAGCAUUACAAGCAAGAGUAUUAGCAGAAGAAUGGGAAAGGCGAGAAGAAUUAGAAAGACUGCAGGAAGAACAGAAUAAAAUGCUAGAAGAAGAAAGACUGAAACGAAAACAAUUCGAAAUGCUUCAAGCAGAAAAAGAGGCGCAAUAUAGAGAAGCAGAACGUCGCCUCAAGGAGCUGGAGCAAGAGAAACAGAAGUUAGACGCUGAAUUAAAAGCAGCUCAGAACAAGAUCUCCCAAACUGAACACAACGCACACGCACUCCACGUCCAGUUACGAGAUCUAAACCCAGUGCUACGUAACGGCGAACGUGCCAGGCGUGCAAUAUCAUUUGUACCCACAACGAAAAGUUCCUCGGACACUCUAAUCGACCUCCGAGCUCUUAGACACUAAGACACAAGGACAUAGAGAAAUUAACCAUAUCCAAAACAUCAAGGUGUCUUCCGACAGAUAUAGACUCGCCAGAACUGAUAUAAGGGCAGACAUUUAUAAUAAAUAAAAUUUUAAAAAUUUGAUGUAACCAGUUAUAUACGUUAUAGCUGAA